AUGCCUCCUGUAUGCCCUCAAGUACGACGUUCAGAGCGACUCAAGACGCUUCUUCAAAGACUUAGUGCACCAAUAUCCAUCCAUAUGCAACCUGCCCACGGUGCUAGGGGAAGGGGCGCGACUACUCGUGGUACAAGGGGACGUGGGGCGGCUGCUACCUCAGCCAGCGCUGCCAGUGAUACUCCUACCGGUGGUAUCAGCAAGAUCCGGUGGGAGACACCAAACUGCAAUCGAACGUCUGCGCUCAUGACGUACCUCAGCACCCAUCCUGCCGACCGUCACAUAUUAUUCUACGAAGGCAAGAAAUCCCACCCUUCUGAUGAUGGCCCUCCUUCUGGGAGUGACAAGGGCAAAAUACACGCCGUCAUCGCCAAACAUAUAUUCAAGAACGACGAGAUGUACCAGUCGAUGUAUGCUGAGGAUCAGACGAAGUUCACACAGGCUGUGGGCAACCGCCUCACUUAUCUCAAGGGCAAAUAUAAGACCCAUCGUGCGCACUUCAAGCAGAUGGGCGCUGGAGUCAAUCCGGAGGAACCUGGCGCCACAGUGAAUUUACUAGCGACUUCCCGUGGUACGAAGAUCUCGAUGAGAUCUGGAGAGAUAACCCUGCAUAUGCUGCCAAAACCUUCUCCUCCGCUCCUGGAGCAAAGGAAAAGGAAAAGCCUCCCCCCCCCCCCCGAUCCUGAUGAUCCGAUGAUCAUCGGUGACGAUGCUCCUGUUGAGCACGAGCAUGUUGACAGUGCCGAAGGUCAUCCUCCCGCCAACCCUCUCGAAGACCAUCCUCCUGCCAACCCUCCUCCCGCUAACCCUCCUCCUGCCCACAAUCCUCCUGCCCACAAUCCUCCCGCCCACAAUCCUCCCGCCAAUGAUCCUCCCACCAACCCUCCUCCCAACUUCGACGACUUCGCCAUGGGCGAGGAGCUCGGCUAUGAUGAGCAAGAUGUCACCAUGCAGGAGGAUCAGGGGGAAGUAGAGCGUGAAGAAGCACUCACGAUCCAGCGGUCCCUCUCCAACAAACACCCGCUCUCCUCCCCCUCCCCACCCCGCACGCACACCCGCAACCACCCAUCCCUCGGAACAUUCAAAACCCACGCCGAUCGUGUGAUGGGCCGUGGACCCAUGCGCUCACCGAACCUGCCAUCAUCCGUUGCAUCGUCGUCCAUGAAGACGACGACACGCUCUACAUCCUUGGGACUUUCGUCGCCGUCUUCCUCCUCACGCCUACAGACCAUGCUCAACGAUAGCGGUGCGAAAAAAUCGCACCUUGGGAAGAAUAUUGGGUCAGAGGUCGGGAGCAUUUGCAGGAAAGUCGAGACGCUAACCAAUAACAUGUCCUAUAUCUACACUGUGAAGGCGGCCGCCUCUGAGUACAAGAUCGCCAAGGUCAACGCUCUCCGUCAGGAAUGUGACCUCGACUUCCAACGUGAGAAAGCGCAGCUCAAACGCAGCGAGGCCAUUGUCGUACAUCAGCGCUGUCAAGAGUCCAAGACUCUUGACCUUCAAGUUCUCGAAGCUCAAGCCAAGGUUCACGCUGAGUGCAAAGCUGCCCUUUAG